GAAAAACUCUAUUUAUAUGGACAUGAAGAGACUAUUGGUUAUUUCCUCGUCAUAGUUAAGAAUAAGAACUAAAUUUGUUUAUGUGUUGCGCAUCAGAAAUAUUUUGACUUCAAGAUAAAUAACGACUCCGUAAUUGUAUUUGACUUUGGUAUUGCUGUUAUAAACGGAAGCAUUUCGACUAUGGCUCAGUCUGUUUGUAGAAACCCUACUUUCGUUUGCCAUUCUGGUAAAUUGCUCUGGGGACAAUUCCAUUGCAUCGUAGAAGGACAUUUAGGAAAUGCUUUAGAUGCUGAAUCUACGUUGGAAAAUCCUUCAAUCAGAGGAACGAUUAUUCAGCGAGACUUUAAUUAUAAAGUGAAUGCCGCGCUCGGUGAAUGGAGUGUUAAGGAUAUAUUGUUUCGAUAUCAGCCGGAACAAUCACCGUGUCUGGCUGGAUUCAUUAUUUAUAACAAAGAGAUGGCAAAUCCGGUCGACAUUUUAAAUGACUGCGCAAAGCUUGGACUGAGUAGCAGUCAAGAUAAACGAAUUAUUUAUGUGAAUCGCUACGAUUGGGGAUGGGCUCACGAAAUACCACUUGAGUCUCAAAAUUUACUGUAUGAUGGCGAAAUCAGUGAUGAAGUGGAGGAUAAGUUUAGGAAUUUGAUCGCAGGACGUAUUUUUCUUGCUGACGCUGAUAGUGGCUUAGCUGUGAUCAAUCAAUUGAAACAGAUUUCAUCUACAACACCAAAAAAUGUCACGAUCAAGGAUCCUUUAGUAGUAGGCAAUGAUGCAGUCGGCGUUCAUUUGGCUUGUCCACAUACAGAAUACGAACUAGGAUGGAUGGUGUUCAACGAGACCAACAAAAAAGAAUUAAUAGCUUUCGUUUACGACGGCGCUUACACUGGAUUAGAUGGAGACAUUUCGCUUGGAAAUUGAAAUUAUUUGUCGUUUAAUAGGCGAGAAUGUUUAUGUCGUCAGCGUGCUAAAUACUCGGAAUACUAGAAAAUCAUUAAAACAAUUUGGCAACAAAACUUGGUUUAAUUGUUAUGUGCAUUAUUGACUAGAGCCAACCGAUAACGGAAUUAAAAUAAGAUUUGAGAACAAA